AUGGGUGAAAAAGAACCUAGCCUUAGGGUUGAGGGGUUUGAAUGCAUUUCCCUCUCAGUCUCUCUUCUUCCCUCCACAGAUGUUGCUCCAAGUGAGGCCCAGGAGCUUGAACCUGCACCCAGCUUUGUGUCUGUUCUGUGUAGAGACCAGGACCAGAGUGAAGGCCAGGGAUGUAAAUGUGAGUCCAGCAGGGCUUAUCUCCCCUCCACAGACUUGGCUCAGAGUGAAGCCCCAUGGUUGCAAGACGCAAAGAGUCUGAGUGAGCAGCUGAGAGGCGCCUACACCAAGGCCACUUUCCGCCACAUGAAUUUGCCAGAGGUGUGCUGCAGCCUCGGCACUGACCACUUGCUUGGCUGCGAUGUGUCCAUCAUUUCAAAGCACAUCAGCAGGCCAGUGCAGGAGGCCCUGACGAUGCCCGAGGUCUUCAGCAAUCUCAGCUCUGUCAUGUGUGUGGAGGGGGAAGCUGGCACUGGAAAGACAACCUUCCUGAAGAAAAUAGCUUUCCUCUGGGCAUCAGGAUGCUGUCCCCUGUUGAACAGGUUCCAGCUGGUCCUCUACCUGUCCCUUAGUUCCACCAGACCAGACCAGGGGCUGGCCGACAUCAUCUGUGCCCAACUCCUAGAGGCAGGAGGAUGCAUUAGUGAGGCGAGCCUGAGCAGCAGCAUCCAGCACUUUAAACACCAGGUGCUCUUCCUGCUGGAUGACUACAGUGGGGCGGACUCACUCCCCCAAGCCCUGGAAACACUGAUUACAAGAAACUACUUGUCACGAACCUGCUUAUUGAUCGCUGUCCACACAAACAGGGCCAGGGACAUCCGCCCGUAUCUAGAUAGGAUUCUAGAGAUCACAGACUUUCCCUUCUAUAACACUGUUUCUGUGUUACGGAAGUUCUUCUCACAUGAUAUAACACGUCUGCAAGAAUUUAUGGUUUACUUUGGAGGGAAUAAUCAUUUACAAGGAAUUCAGAAAACCCCCCUGUUUGUGGCAGCAGUCUGUAGUGACUGGCUUCAAAAUCCUACUGACCAGUCCUUUCAUAAUGUGGCAGUUUUCAAGGCCUACAUGAAAUGUCUGUCCUUAAAGUACAAAGCUGCAGCUGAGGCUCUCAAGGCCACUGUGUCCUCAUGUGGGCAGCUGGCCUUGACAGGGCUUUUUUCUUCCUGCUUUGAGUUCAACAGUGAUGACCUCACAGAAGCAGGAGUUGAUGAAGAUGGAGAGUUGACCACCUGCUUGAUGAGCAAAUUCACCGCCCAGAGACUGAGACCAAUCUACCGGUUUCUAAGUCCUCUGUUCCAGGAAUUUCUUGCUGGCAUAAGGCUGAGUGAACUCCUGGGUUCAGAUAGGCAGGAAGACCAAGAUCUGGGACUUCAUUAUUUGAGACAAAUUAACUCAUCCUGGAAGGCAUUGACCACCUACAACAACUUUUUGAAGUAUGUCUCCAGCCACGCUUCACCAAAGACAGGGCCACAAAUUGUAUCUCAUUUGCUUCGGCUGGUGGAUGAGAAAGAGUCACUGGAGAAUAUGUCUGAAAAUGAGGAUUGUGUACAGCACCAUCCAGAAACUUCUAGGAUAAUGCAGUCAGUUAAAGAAUUGUGGCAUCUAUCUCCUGAAGUUUUCUAUUCAUAUGCUUCAAAAAAGUUAUUGAGCAUGGCUCUAAAGUUUGCUUACCAAAGCAACACAGUUGAUGCAUGUUCUCCAUUUAUUUUGCAAUUCCUUCGAGGGAGAACACUGGAUCUGAAAUUACUGAAUUUACAGUACUUCUGGCAUCACCCCGAAAGCCUGUUAUAUUUAAAGAGUAUUCAGGUCUCCAUAAAUGGAAAUAAAAUGCCACUUAGUAUAAAUUACUCAAUCAUGGAAAAAUGUAUGGGAACAUUAGAGCCACCAACUAUAGAUCAGGACUAUGCUUCUGCCUUCGAACAUUUGAAAGAAUGGAUGGGAAAUCUUUCUGAAAAGGAAGAGAGCAUAAAGAGUUUUAAGAAUAUCCAACUCAGGCCUCCACCCAACAUCAGUGCUGGCUACUGGAAACUGUCACCCAAGCCAUACAAGAUCCCUAGGCUGGAAGUUGGAGUGGCCAACAUGGGCCCAGCAGACCAAGCCCUGCUCCAGGUCCUGAUGGAAGUCUUCUCAGCCUCACAGAAUAUUGAGCUCUGCUUAUCCAACAGCAGUGGCUUUCUUGACAGCAUCCGCCCGGCUCUGGAGCUGAAUAAGACCUCUGUCACCAAGUGCUCCAUGUGCAGCCUAGAGCUCAGCAGAGCAGAGCAGGAGCUGCUUCUCACCCUGCCUGGCCUGCAGUCUCUCGAGGUCUCAUGGGUAAACCAGUUACCAGAUCAACUCCUCUCUAACUUGGACACGUUUCUGGGCCUGAAAGAACUGUCUGUGAGACGAUGUGACAAAGCUGAUAUGCUUUCAGUCCUUCCUGAAGAGUUCCCAAACCUCCACCACAUGGAGACCUUAUCCAUCCAAACUUCCACCAAGUCUGACCCCUCCAGACUAGUUAAAUUGAUUCAGAACUCUCCAAAUCUUCAUGUCUUCCGCCUAAAAUGUGAUUUCCUUUCGAAUUGUGAGUCUCUCAUGGCUGUGCUUGCUUCCUGCAAGAAACUCAGAGAGAUUGAGUUUUCUGGAAGAUGCUUUGAACCCACACCAUUUGUCACCAUAUUGCCAAAUUUUGUUUCUCUGAAGAUAUUGAAUCUUAAAGACCAACAAUUUCCAGAUAAGGAAACAUCAGAAAAGUUUGCACAGGCCCUGGGCUCUCUCAGGAACCUGGAGGAACUGCUUCUUCCCACUGGGGACGGGAUUCACCAAGCGGCCAAACUGAUUGUCCAGCAGUGUCUGCAUCUUCAGCGUCUCCGAGUCCUUGCUUUUAUCGAGACUUUGGAUGAUGACAGUGUGAUGGAAAUUGCUAAGGUAGCCGCCAGCGGAGGUUUUGAGAAACUUGAGAACUUAAACCUUUCACUGAAUCACAAGAUUACAGAGGAAGGAUACAGACGUUUCUUUCAAGCUCUGGACAACCUGCCAAACUUGCAAGAGCUGGACAUCUGUAGAUAUAUCCCAGAAUGCAUCCAAGUUCAGGCCACCACUGUCAAGGCUCUGAGUCAGUGUGUGUCCCGACUCCCCAGCCUCACCAGGCUCAAGAUGCUCAGUUGGCUCCUGGAUGACGAGGACAUGAAAGUGAUCAAUGCAGUGAAGGAAAGACACCCCCAGUCCAAACGCUUGUUUGUCUUCUGGAAAUGGGUAGUGCCCUUCUCUCCUGUCACUCAGAAGUGA